AUGGCGGCCGCUGCGGCGCUCGGCGCGGGCGCCCCUCCCGCGGGUGGCGGGGCCGGGGGCGGCGGGUCCCCGCCGGGCGGCUGGGCCGUGGCGCGGCUCGAGGGCCGCGAGUUCGAGUACCUCAUGAAGAAGCGCUCCGUGACCAUCGGGCGCAACUCGUCGCAGGGCUCGGUGGACGUCAGCAUGGGCCACUCGAGCUUCAUCUCGCGGCGCCACCUGGAGAUCUUCACGCCCCCGGGCGGCGGCCAUGGCGCGGCGGCCCCGGAGCCCGCGCAGCCCCGGCCCGACGCGGGCGGCGACUUCUACCUGCGCUGCCUCGGCAAGAACGGCGUGUUCGUGGACGGCGUGUUCCAGCGGCGCGGGGCGCCGCCGCUGCAGCUGCCGCGCGUGUGCACAUUCAGGUUUCCGAGCACAAACAUCAAGAUUACUUUCACUGCCCUGUCCAGUGAGAAGAGGGAGAAGCAGGAGGCACCUGAGUCACCAGUGAAGCCUGUGCAGCCACACAUCUCGCCCCUGACCAUCAACAUUCCAGAUACCAUGGCCCACCUCAUCAGUCCCCUCCCCUCCCCCACGGGAACCAUCAGUGCUGCAAACUCCUGCCCAUCCAGCCCCCGGGGAGCGGGGUCUUCAGGGUACAAAGUGGGCCGUGUGAUGCCAUCCGACCUCAACUUAAUGGCCGACAGUUCGCAGCCAGAACAUGAAAAGGAAGCUUCAGGUGGAGACAGUCCAAAGGAUGAUUCAAAGCCACCUUAUUCCUAUGCACAAUUGAUAGUACAAGCAAUUACAAUGGCUCCUGAUAAACAACUCACCCUAAAUGGAAUUUAUACACACAUCACUAAAAAUUAUCCAUACUACAGGACUGCAGACAAGGGCUGGCAGAAUUCAAUCCGCCACAAUCUCUCUCUGAACCGUUACUUCAUCAAAGUGCCGCGUUCCCAGGAAGAACCAGGCAAAGGCUCCUUUUGGAAGAUAGACCCUGCCUCUGAGAGCAAACUGGUGGAGCAGGCAUUCAGAAAACGGCGGCCUCGGGGCGUGCCCUGCUUCAGAACCCCUUUGGGGCCACUGUCCUCUAGGAGUGCCCCAGCUUCUCCCAACCACACAGGAGUGCUGUCUGCUCAUUCCAGUGGUGCCCAGACCCCCGAGAGCCUGUCGAGGGAAGGGUCACCAGCCCCCCUGGAACCUGAGCCUGGUGGCUCACAGCCCAAACUUGCUGUCAUCCAGGAGGCACGUUUUGCCCAGAGUGCACCAGGUUCACCUCUCUCUAGUCAGCCUGUCUUAAUCACCGUCCAGCGGCAGCUACCCCCAGCAAUUAAGCCUGUCACCUACACUGUUGCGACCCCAGUGACCACCUCCACCUCCCAGCCACCUGUCGUGCAGACAGUUCAUGUUGUCCACCAGAUACCAGCGGUGUCAGUCACUAGUGUGGCUGGACUGGCCCCAGCAAACACGUACACAGUUGCUGGACAAGCCGUGGUUACUCAGGCGGCAGUGCUGGCUCCUCCUAAGGCUGAACCACAAGAGAAUGGAGACCACAGGGAAGUCAAAGUGAAAGUAGAGCCUGUUCCCACAAUUACCCAUGCUGCACUAGGCAGCAGCCGAAUCAUCCAGGCAUCACAGGGCACCCCUGUCCAGACAGUCACCAUAGUACAGCAGGCACCUCUAGGUCAGCACCAGCUUCCAAUAAGAACUGUAACGCAGAAUGGGACUCAUGUGGCACCAGUCCCCACUGCAGUGCACAGCCAGGUGAACAAUGCAGCAGCAAGUCCCCUACACAUGUUGGCAACCCACGCAUCAGCAUCAGCGUCCCUGCCCACAAAGCGCCAGAACGGUGACCAGACAGAGCAGCCAGAGCUCAAGCGGAUCAAAGCGGAAGACAGUGAGAGCAUCUUCAUUGCCCUGAGUGUGGACGCGCCACCAGCAGCCGUGAGGGAAAAGGGGACCCAAAACUAGUGCUGGGAGAGCUUUUCUUACUUAAAACAUCAUUAGUGGUGCCAAAAGGAGCCGUCGCCUCUCAGCCAUGCUCCUCUCGGUGGGUAAAGGGCCCUGUGGUUGGACUUCACCUCUCAGCACUGAAAACCCAGGUGGCCUUAAAACUCCCUACCUAAAGACAGAAGUCACACUUGAACAGACCCCAGCGGGGAGCACUUGCUGGGCUGCUGCUUGUGGGCUCCGCUUUUAACUAUGAGCAAGAACUCUUGGUCCUUCCUGGGGGACAGAGCCUCAUGUGAGGACAAACGGUCAGCACCUGUGUGGGUGGAUCUCACAAGACUGGGCUGUCCUCCAAGGGACAGGGCUGGAGCCACCCACCACCCUCACAGGAGACAAGACAGUAUUUUGUUGUUCACAUGUGGAAUUAGAAUAUUUUGAGGUGUACUUUCUUUACAAUAAUGGGGUCUUUGACAUUUCACAUCACUCCGUUUCUACUCUGGAAAUUUUGGAAUCACAGGACCUUUCAUGUGAAUUCUUUUAGGGAAAAAGGCAACGUCAUUUUGUUUGUUUCUGUGGUUUGUUUUCAGCCCAUGGAAUGGUUUGCUCUUGUCUGUCCUGUCAACGUCCAGGUGGUGCUCCUGUCGGACACCUGCACGUAUCCGUGAUAGAGCAGUUGCUUGAUGAAUUUAACCCCCAAGUUCCUCCCCCGGUCAGUUAUAGGGCAGAUGGUGCCACGGCUGCACGGACCCAUGAGGCCAGGGAGCAGCGGGACAGAAGGGAAGGCCAGGAUGCAUCUGAGCUGCACGACCUGCUCUUCUUGCUGGUUUUUGUUGUGUUUUCUUUUUGUUGACUUUGUCCCUGGCAUAAUUUCCCACUUUAAGUAAAACAAAUCUCCCCAGUAUUGUGUAUGUUUAAAACGACAGAACCCGUACUUCCUCCUUUGGUAAAAAGAGUCAGUCUUCAUCAUUUUCAAGCCAAGAUCACAGAUCUCUCGUGGUACCUGUGAUACUGUAGGUGUCCUUCCCGGCGCCUGGCAUCGUCUGACCAGCUGUCUACUUUUGUGCUGCAGUUUCCCCAGUUGACACGAGCCCCUGCACUGUGGAGGAGACGUUGCCAGGUAACGAGAGGGUCUGGAAGCAAGUGUCCUGCCGCCAUGUGCUGGAGGCCUCUGGCCAUGUUCUGAUUCGCAGUAGGAGGUUUUCCUGGUCUCUCAGAACCAUCCUACCAGAAAUGAAAUCACGAGGGAAGGAAAGCAGAGGUAGGAGGCGGCAGCUUCAGCCCACCAUCCUUGGGAACAGCGCCACUCACCUUCCAGAGUGCUCCAGGUUAGGGCUGGGCAGCAGUAGGACAGAGAGGGCUUUAGCCUUAUUGUGCGUUUUUUAAUGUCAUCAUCAUAACAUUAUUUAUUUAAAUGUAGUUAUUUUGGUAUUUAAUUUUUUUUAAAGAGAGGGAAAAAAAACCUGUAUUUUCCUGGUGGAAUGAAAUGGCUCAGAAUGGUAUAUUUAGGCAAUUUUAAAACAUUUAUUAUUUACAUAAAGACCAAAUAUACGUCUGUUCUAAGUAUUGCGUGUCACCCACAGUAUGGAGCUGUCACAUGUUACUACAGAUGAUACGUAUUAAAAUUAUGAAGUUACUGCACACUAGCUGGAUUUAUAAAAAAAUAAAAGUGAGAGAUCAUAUGAGCGAGCCCGUGUGUGUGCCAGUAGCAAAGUCCGCCUUCAGAGCCCUCUGUGCAGCAGUCUGCAUCCUCCAUGCACUUUACAGAUGCCUUGGAAUGUGCACUUCUUAUUCAGAAGGUUUGCAGUUUGCAAAAUUCUUUGGCAUAUGGUGUGUCCUGCGCAUGGGUCCAGAUCUCUCGGUCUCAGCUUGCAUGGUGCUCUGUUGCCAGCCAGGAGGGCAGGUGGGCUGUGCUUCCCAGAGACAUCUGAACCUCAGCACAUGACCAUCCAGAAGGACUUGGGUACUUUCCCUGUGUAAGCAUAGUUUGUUGACUGAUUAUGUCUAAACUUAAAACAGACUGUGGGUCUGGAGGGGUUUGUUUCUGUUGGGGUCAUAGAUCAGAAAAAUGCCCAACUUCAGAAUUUUAAAGAUGGGAGGAGGGUUGUUUCUUAAAUGCUUCGAAGGUGGUAUUCUCAGUCUUGAUUCCAGAAUGAAGUAGAUGCUCCUCUUUCUCCUACUCGCUGCUAUACACACCUUGCUGCUGCUUUGGCUCAUAGAAUCUAAGGCUGUGAAGAAGAAUCAUGGCUUAACAAACUACCAUGCCCAGGUUUUCUCUCCAGUGUUUAGGACACUGUGUUUGAGUUUUGUGUUUAGCUGAGUUUCCAAGAGACCCCAUACACCAGGGUGCUGGGCUUCUGCCACUGCAGCUCUGCUCAGCAUCUGCUGCUCAUGGCUGCCACAGAGCUGUCUUUCCUUUCUACCACAACUCCCAGCUCCAUAGUGGCUCCUCAGUGUCUUACUCUCAAGAUGUCUCUGUUUGGUCUUUGCCAAACUUCUGAGCUCCCUCAGGGACUAGCACCUUGCUCUCAGCUCUGCCCUGAGAACACAAGCGAAACUCACCUAAGUCCCUGAGUACGUAGUGCAUCCCAAGAGUGUGAAUCACCCUCUUCAUUCAUGCAGAAUAUGUGCGUGUGGACAGCUGGUCUCCUUAAAUCUCCCACCUCGUUUUCCUCUGCUGGGGUCACAGAGUAGCUUUAGUCAUGGUCAAAAGGGACAGCGAGUGUCAGAACUUGGGAUUGUCUAUUCUCUGUGACACAGGAGAGAAGCGACAAUCUUGAAGUCCAAACGGCUGCGAUUCUAGACAAAGUAGAGUGGUGAUCUGUGUGCAAAGAUUUGAAAUUUAAAAAAAAAAGUACCAAGUUCCUGAAAUUCAAUAAAGUAUUUUUAUUAAUUUUAAUUGAA